AGAAGUUGCAGUUAACCUAAAGCCACUUAACUAACCACUGAACAGACCUCCAAGUCAAUAGAUUCUAUUAUCCUUCAAAGCAUCGCUCCAGAGCAGCAUAUACCUUCGAAAGGUACCAACCACCAUCUAGAAUCUUUUUUGCAUCAUUAAAAAAAUAGAGAAGGAAUUUUUCAUAAAUCCUUUUAGAAUCUCUGACCUCUUUUAGACAACAGAGUUACAUAAACACAGACAAGAGUCAAUUUGUGAACUCCUGUUAGUCCGUUUUAUCUUUAUACCGCGUUUUGAAGAUGAUAAAGUCGGCGAAAGCAGAAACCACUAUAAAUUCUUUGAUAUCUGGGUCGCCGUCAAUGAAACAUCGCCACCAGCAUCAGCGUCAAAAAUCGAUUGUAACAGUAUCCAAAUCAUCAUCCGAAGGAGUAUCAACACUAGACGGAAUUGAUACAUCUAUUACUAGCAUGGAAGAGAGUAAAAAUUCAUCACCAAUAAAUAAGCAAUAUUUUACUGCUAACUCCAGAACAAAUAAUUCUACUUCGAUACCGACGUCAGCGACAAAAUCCGAGCUACCCAUCUCCUCGCAUUACCAAGAUGAUACUGCAUUGACACCGAGCAUAAAGACGGAGACGCCAGAUACUGAAACCUUGAUAUUUUCAACCAGUGGUAAAACAGUUGACAAAAAGGGACUAGUUACUCCUUCUCAUUCUAUAUAUGCUAGCCCGUCUAGUCAACUGCCAAAACAAUCAUCAGUGAGAAGACUUUCUAAAGAUGAAGACAAUUUUAAAGUGAGCAUUCCACCUCCUGAUGAUUCUUUGAUUCACAUUACUGAGGAUAUGUCCACCAGAACAAGCUCUUCUGACGACAUUAGCUCAGACGGGAAUGACGCAAACGACACCGCAUUUCUUAACUCCAUACAUUCGUACCGUGUUCUGGCAAAGCCUAAUUCCAAGGUAGAUAGGACCAAUCCAGGUCGAGCGACGGCAGAUAUUCAUUCUAGAAGACAUUCUAACGUUGACCCAUUGGCGGUUAUGGAUGACGAACAUGAUCGAUUGAUACCGUUACCACAUUCUGAACCUCAUACAUCCAAUGAGGCUCCAGACAAACACAUGCACGGCUUCAAGAAUAACACAUAUCCUAGAUCAUCUACUGAAAAUGUUCUUAAACACAGAAGCAAUAAAGGGAAAUCGAGUAGUCUACCAACUGCUAAUUCUUCUAAUACCAUAAAAUCUUAUGCUGAUAAAAGAGCAUAUCAAAGUAUAAACACCAUCAAGAUACCAGAUAAUUAUCAACGAACAAAGCUAGCUAAAACUUCAGGAAUUGAGCAACCAGAAAGUGGUAUUAAUGAUGAUUAUGCGAAACGUCAUAGGGUUGCAAAAACUUCAUCUUUCAUAAAUAACCCGAGAAAGAAGUCAAAGAUGAAAGCUGACAACUUGUAUAAUAUACCGGGACAAAAUAUAUCCGAGAAGCAUCAAAACUAUGCAAUUGUCUAUGAUUUGGUAACAGGGAUCAGGUUUUCAGUUUCACGUUGUGCUAAAAAUCCAGUUCAAAUAACCGACAACCAGUUCAAGCAAGUUACAAAACUUAUAUUCAAUAGGCAAGGUAAUACCCAAGCCCCACCAACAAAAUACGAGUUCAAGUUCAAGGAUUAUGCUCCUGAAGUAUUUCGGGAUUUGAGAAGAAUGUUCAACGUUAAUCAGGCCGAUUAUUUAAUGUCUCUGAAUGAUGAAAUAGGUGUAAGGGCAGUUGGAUCAUCUGGCAAGAGUGGAUCAUCAUUUUAUUACUCAAACGAUAGAAAAUUCAUCAUUAAGACAAUUCAUCGUUCAGAGCAUAAGCACCUCCGAAGGAUAUUAAAAGAUUAUUACAACUAUGUAACGGAAAACCCUAACACUUUAUUGUGCCAAUUUUAUGGAUUACAUAGACUCAAAAUGGCAACUAGAACAGGAACGGUCAAAGUUCAUGUUCUAGUUAUGAAUAACCUGUUGCCACCAAUGGUAAACACAGCCGACUGUUAUGAUCUAAAAGGCUCUACUUAUGGAAGAAAAACAUCGGAGAAGAAGCGGCUACAGGGCUCGUGUUUGAAGGAUCUAAAUUUCAUUGAAAACAAAGCUGCCAUUUAUCUUGCGAAUGCAAAGAAAAAGCAGAUAGAGCAGCAACUGAAACAAGACGUUGAACUACUAAAAAGGUUAAAUAUAAUGGAUUAUUCUUUGUUGCUAGGCCUGAAAUUUUUGAAUCGGGCAGAUGAAGAACUAUUAGACGAGACCAGCAAGAGACUAUCGCAGAUAACUCAUCAGAAUGUUCCAGGGGCUCAUAAAAACUCAAUUUUUGAUACGGAUGGCGGCAUUCGUGCUAUUGAUACCCAUGGUGAAGAAAUGGACAUUGUAUAUUAUAUUGGGAUUAUUGAUUGUCUGACAAACUAUAACACUCUAAAAAAGUUGGAAACUUUUUUCAGAAGUUUAAGACAUAAAAGGGAGACAAUCAGCGCAGUUCCACCGCAUGAAUAUGGUGACAGAUUUUUGAGUUUCAUUUUUGAUCAUAUUAAAAGUCCGGGGGACGAGAUAAUUGAAAAGAAGAAAGGCUUCGGUAAGUUCAAGGCUUUCAAAAAGUUCACAAACCAUAAUACAGCCUAAUUGAAUAGUGCUGACAGGAAAAGUAACAUGAUACUUAAGGUAAUGAAGCUGCUUUACAUAUGGAAUCUAUUAAAACUCAUUAAGCACAAAUCAAACUCGUUGUUCAUCUGUUGUGGAGACUUUCUCUCAACUCGCCAAAAGCUAAUGACCAUAUACAAACACUCACACAUUCCUUUUUUUUUUAACAAAACCAUAGUUCCGUAUUUCUUGAACUACUGGUGGCAUUUAUCAUUCGCUUGAAAUUUAUUUUCUAACGCUUUUGUAAAUUAUAUAUUUACUUCCUAAUAUAAGAUUCAAACGUA